CAUCACAAGUUCAGCAGCGUUUGUGUGUGCAGUCAACCUCGCCACCAUGGCGGAUGUUGGUUGGGAAGGAUGGGUUACCCUUAGCCUGAUAUUGCUAAUGUUGGUGCUUCUGGUCGCGGAAGUAGCUCCUCCGUACAUGGUGAUGAUGGGAAUCUUGAUAAUAUUUAUUCCACUGCAAAUCUUGGACGUGGAAAAGGCGUUUCACGGCUUUUCAGAUCCAGCAAUGCUUUCAAUAGCAGUACUUUUUAUUGUAGCGAAAGGCAUUGAGACGUCUGGAGGACUCGAAUAUGUCUCGAAGUUCCUUUUCAGCACCAAGACUGGAAAGAAAUCGAAGUCAUUCCUCGUCAGAGGCAGCGAAAACAGUAUCGUCUGGGUCCUUUUGAAGUUCACCGUGCCAGUUGCCCUCUUCAGCGCGUUUCUUGCCAAUAUUCCUCUCGUCGCAAUGAUGAUACCACCAAUUGUGGAGUUCUCUAAGAAGGUGAACAUUUCGCCUUCGAAGAUGCUAAUUCCUUUGAGCUACGCUGCUCUUCUUGGAGGGACCCUGACACUAAUUGGUGCAUCAACGAACUUGAUGGUCACCUCGAUGGCUGCGAAAAAACUCCCGGAGUUGACCAUGAACAUAUUUGAGAUUGGAAUUGUUGGAGUUCCCACAACAAUUGCUGGAAUACUGUACCUACUGGCAUUUUCGGGGAAGUUACUACCCGACAGGCUUGCAAUGCAAGCCACUAACAUCAACGCCAGGGAAUAUACUGUUGUUUUGGUUGUGAAGCCCACCUCGUCCCUUUGUCGAAAGAGCGUGGAGCAGACAGGCGUUCAAAAUCAGCCCGGAUUGCAGCUUCUUCAUGUGGACCGUGACGGAGUUGCGAUUGCAGACCCACCUUCUGACUUCAUUGUUGAGGCAAAAGACAGACUUCACUUCUGUGGCGUCAUCGACUCUAUUCUCUCCUUGACACAACUUGAUGGUUUAGCGCUGUCCGAGGAUGAGGGACAAGAGCUAGUAGACCUUAACAAACUCCGACCGAAUCAAUUUCUGGUGGAGGCUGUCGUUGCAAGUAAGUCACCAAUGGUGCACAGGAGAGUUGCCGACUUGCAGCUCAGGACGAGGUACAAAGCUGCAAUUGUUGCAGUUCAUCGCUAUGGGACACGACUAAACAGUGCUAUUGGCGAUAUUGUAUUGGAGGCUGGAGACUCUCUGUUGUUAGUAGCUGACGGGAGCGAGUUUGUGUGCAAACACCGGAACAAUUCCACGUUUGCCCUCGUUUCUAAGCUUCCUGGUUUUACACCAGUACAACGCCAGAAGGCAGGCAUAGCAGCAGUAUUUGUGCUGGCCAUGGUGGUUGCAAGCGCGUUUCCCAGCGUUCCACUUAUAACUGCUGCCUUAUUCACAUCAGCGGCACUUAUGUUAUCCGGCAGCAUGACGUCACGUGAUGCGAUGGAUUCACUGGAACUACCAGUUUUGAUCAUGAUUGCUGCUGCGUUUGGGAUAUCAGAAGCUUUGGUUCAGAGUGGUGCAGCGGACCUUGUUGCCCAGGUGUUAAUGGGCUUAUCUGGUGGAACACAGAUUGGCCUGCUAACCUGCACCUAUGUGGCAACAACGGUUUUCUCUCUAGCUAUUACAAACAAUGCGGCAGUGACGAUCAUGUUCCCUGUUGCACUUGCGGCUGCACAGCAGCAGGGUCUGGAUUUCAGGCCAUUCGCCUACAUCCUGAUGAUGGCUUCUUCCGCGGGCCUUAUGACUCCCACUGGUUGCGCCACGAACAUUAUGGUGUAUAAUCCUGGAGGUUACAAGUUUGUUGAUUACAUUGCGUUUGGAGGGCCUCUGCAGAUUGUGCUUCUGAUUGUGACCGUUGGCGUGACCUUGACUCUGAGGUUCUGGUGGAUUUGGUGGGCCGUGCUCAUAUGCUCUACUGUCUUAUUGACGCCAAUUCUCGCACGCCAGAGAUGGAACCUUCCACACAAUUCGCGUGUUUUCCAUGAUGACGCACCCGAAAUACCACUUUCAAGCAUUAGCGGGGAACAUGAACCUGCUACAAUUGCAGUGACAACAGAGGGAGGUGUAAGGAGCAUCAACUCAGUGGAUUCUUUAUCGCCAACAUACAGGCGUUCUUCCGUAGGUGUAGAAAAGUCUAUUCCGAGUCAGUUUAUUUAGUGCUGUACAAUAGAGGGUAGCCAUGAGCUAGCUAAUGAGUUAAUCAAUGUACCGUACCAAAUCUGAUUGUUACCCUAUUACUACUUGGUGUGUCGUUUGGCUUUCUUCAUCCCUAAUAACCGUUGCUUCAGCGA